GCUGCGGAGCAUCGACAAUGUCGGAGCAGGAGUCUCUGAGGUGCUCCAGUGCCAGAAACCGUGGAGGCGUACAGAGGGUCGAAGGAAAACUGCGAGCCAGCGUAGAAAAGGGGGAUUACUAUGAAGCACAUCAGAUGUACAGGACUUUAUUUUUUAGGUACAUGUCACAGGCUAAACAUGCUGAGGCCAGGGAGCUGAUGUACAAUGGGGCUCUACUCUUCUUCAGCUAUAACCAGCAAAACAGUGCAGCAGACCUGUCCAUGCUGGUACUGGAGGUGUUGGAGAAAUCUGAGACAAAAGUUGAAGAUGAAAUAUUAGAAAACUUGGCUAAGCUGUUCAGCAUGAUGGACCAGAACUCCCCAGAGAGAGUAGCGUUUGUGUCCAGAGCCUUGAAAUGGUCCACAGGAGGAUCUGGCAAGUUGGGUCACCCAAAACUACACCAGCUGCUGGCUGUCACCUUGUGGAAAGAGCAAAACUACAGUGAGUCUCGUUACCACUUCCUGCAUUCGUCUGACGGGGAGGGCUGUGCGCAGAUGCUGGUGGAGUAUUCGGCGUCACGAGGCUUCCGCAGCGAGGUCGACAUGUUUGUGGCGCAGGCCGUCCUACAGUUCCUCUGCUUAAAGAACAAAAACAGCGCUUCCGUGGUGUUCAGCACAUACACAGAGAAACACCCGUCCAUAGAGAAGGGCCCUCCCUUUGUCCAGCCUCUACUAAACUUUAUCUGGUUUCUGCUGCUGGCAGUGGAUGGGGGUAAAUUAACAGUUUUCACAGUGUUAUGUGAGCAAUAUCAACCUUCCCUUAAGAGGGACCCCAUGUAUAAUGAGUAUCUCGACAGAAUAGGACAGCUUUUCUUUGGAGUUCCACCCAAACAGUCCCCAUCAUACGGUGGACUGCUAGGAAACCUGCUCAACAGCCUGAUGGGCUCGGGCGAGGAGGAUGACGGGGCAGAAGAAGCCCAGGAGGACAGCAGCCCCAUAGAGCUGGACUGAGCCGGCCCCAGGACAAAGAGAACAAACGAACACAACAACAAAAAAAAAGAGGAAGACCACGCCGCCUCCCUCCUUCACCUCCACAACGAGGGUGGGGCGAGGCGCCGGACUGUGUUUUCAGAGGCGUGCUGUUUCGAACCCCCCCCCCCUUCCCUACUCAUCCAGUCUAAAAUCAGAGCAAGUAUCAGGCCGCCAAAACACCCCUCUCAGCACUGCUGGGACUGACUGCGCCAAACUGCAAACUCUUCCCGUGUUGAAUUAUUCUACGAUUAUGUUAUUUUAAUCAUUAUUUUUGUUAGUUUGGGACUGUUGCUCUCUGUUCAGGGUGUUUGAUUUUUAAACAUAACAAACUGCUCCCUCCCUGUGAAAACCCUCUCCCAAGGCGUGGGAUUGGUCGGGGUCUCAGUGGAGAGGAUACCAUCACAAGUGAAACCUCUCUUCAUAAUGUUGAUUACGUCAUUCUAAGAGGGUUUAGUGAAGUCACUACAACUAUCCAGCUGUUUGCUCGAUCAUAGCUGUGGUGUUGCUGUUGUUGGCAUUUCUGAACAACGUUCUCCGUUAAAAGUUUCUUCUUUCAAUAGUAAAAGAGAUUGUACUCGUUGUCAGGGCCACCUUUCAUCAUCUUUUUCUGAAUCGUCUGUCUGUUAGCUAUAUGGACAAAAUGUCAACAGCGCUCCGUGUUAAGUUAUUAUCAGAGGUCGUCUUUUACCUUCUAUCAACCAAACGAACCCUUUCUGGCCAGCGGCUGCUCUGCACGUCAGCGGCGGCUCUCGUUUCUUUUCAAGUGAACUCCUGCAAACAUACAGCUGUCUGUAUACAAAUGGCUCCAUUGUUUUUUUUUGUUUUUUUUUUUACUGUGCACUUGCUGAACUGCUGCUGAGCUUGUUUGCAUCUCUGGAAGAAAUUAUGUGAAGACACCCAAUUUUAGCAUUUUUUUUUGUUACAGUUGCCAAAUCAAAAAAAAAAUGAGGCAUUCAAAGCACUUAGAGUUUGUGUGUUGCUGAGUGUUGGCUCUGGCUGUCUACACGUUGCUGUGAAAAAUAAAAGCGGUGUGUUGGAGUGAAUCUUGCUCUACGUAUUACAAAAUGCUAAUAUCUAAACCAGCUUGUUACCUGAGUGCUUCUGGCUUUGUCUUUUGUCCCAUUCUUUUUAUAUCUGUCAGAACAGUUCCUCCGUGAGGUGGCUCAGUAGUCCAGCAUCAGUUCAGCCAGUGCACAAUGAGAAGGGCGAUCCAUACAAUAGCUGCUGUUUUAUCAGUGUUAACUGCACGGGCCCGCUCGUUCCUCCGAAGAGCUCUUUCUUUUCUCUCAUCGUUCAACCCUCAGCUUCUUUUUGUCCUCGUAGUGACAGACUAUCAGUCCAGGUCAUGACAGUCAGCUGUUAAAGGAUUGAAAAAAAAUGUGCUCAGAUCUUUAAAAAGGGGCCAAAUCACCCCAGGAAGUCAAAUUCAAUUUACUAGGGAAGUCCUGAGGUCGUCCAAAGUGCACUAAUCUUUAUUUAAUUCUACGUGAUUAUCUGUGUGGGACUCACAGAACACCAACAUGGCCAAUAAAUAAGAAACGAUUAAAUAACUUACUGACUUUUAGGUUCCUCAGCAGCACUCAUUUCCCCAAGAGAUCAACCAGUUAAACGAUGCCACAGAACAUGCUCUACGAGUCAUCACACAGGUUUUAUUAGUCAGUGUUUUGGGAGAAAUAUUUCAGUAAUCAGGCAGUGAGAAAAAGAGGUGUGUGACCAAUUUCCUGUCUGUGUCCAGUCCAGCUGCUGACAUUUGUUUUUGAUCAUUAUUUUCCUCUGAGGACUCAAGGGGAGUGUUUGCCUUUUCGAUUGAUUCACUAAUUGAGUAAAUAAACUACAACUGAGAAGAGUUUGAGAAUGUCUUGAAACAAAUAUUGUCCUGUUCACUUUUUUAUUUUAGUUUAUGAAAAAGAGUUGGUGCAAAAAAAAAAACAAUCAUGUAGGAUAGAAAAAAAGGGGAUGAGAUAGUUAACAAGCAAUUAGUGUCAAUGAGAACAGCAGUUUGAAAACAGAUUCAUACUCAUGAUCUGCAUUUAAAUACAAAGCAGGAUGAAUGUUUAUUUCUACAGAUGCUUGAAGAGGACAUGUUGAAACACUUACUGAACCAUACUACAUAUGAACUGUAAGCAUGACGCUAGAUUAUGUUGCAAUACAGGGAACACUUGUGAAAAUUCACUCGUAUGUUUUUUUUAUUUUGUGUGUGUGUUUAAGCUGAAGGGAAACACUGCAGGUAACAACACCAGAUAUGCUCGUU